GUCCACUGCUGUCACCCGGACGGAAGUAGUGGUGAACAUUACAACACAAACACGGAUGGCGACGAGCGAAACGUUGAAUGUGGGAGCACUUUGGAUGAUACUUUAAUUUCAUUGUAUAAUUUGGAAUCUAUAUAGCUAAGCAGCAAGCCAUGCCUACCGUGGUCUUAAUGGACGUGUCUCUGUCCAUGACACGGCCAGUGUCGCUGGAUAGCAGCGAGGAGUUUCAGAGGAAGAACCUGGCUGUCCACGGACUAAAUAUGUUGUUUGAACACAUGGCCUCAAACUACCGCAUGGAGUUCACAGCACUGAUGGCCUUUUCUUCCCUUUGGGAGCUCCUGGUGCCUUUCACCAGAGAUUACAAUGCAUUACAGGAGGCUCUCGGCAACCUGGAAGACUAUGACAAGACCUGUGUUGAAUCAGCUCUUAAUGGAGUUAGUAACGUGGUACAGCAGGAGUGGGGCAGUGCCUGUCCCUGUCAGGUGGUGCUGGUUACUGAUGGAUCUCUUGGUAUUGGAAAGGGUUCGCUACGUCACUCCUUACACACACUGAAGCAUCGUGGGGAUGACAAGAAGUUCCCACUCCCUUUCCCUUUCCCUACCAAACUGUUCAUCAUGUCUGUAGCCAAUGCAGAGGAGUUACAGAUGACUGAUGCCAUGGACAACUUGGAGGAACUACUUUGUCUCAGCGGAGGGGAUGGACAGAUCUUCACAGUGGAGGGUCCACUUUGCAUGAAGAGUGUACAGGCCAUGUUUGGGAGGCUGAUUGAUCACGCGUACUCUCCCUUCCAUGCUGUCCUGCACUGUGGGAACUUAUCGUCAGACGUUCAGGUGUUUCCUCGGCCUGAGCCUAUUGUGAUGGAUGAAGAGGUGGAGCCCAUGCCCCGAUCAGUCAAUACAGAUUUGGAAAUUGUGGGCUUCAUUGAAAUUGCUGACAUUUCCAGUCCUCCUGUUAUUUCCAGACACCUGGUAUUGCCUAUUAAUGUAAACAAAGAGGUGGAUGAAGUUGGCACAGGAGCCACAGAUGAGCUUGAGGAGGAACCUUCUGCCAGUCAAAUGGCAGGCAAAAGUCCAAAUUUCUGUGUACUUUUACAUGGCAGCCUUAAAGUGGAGGGCAUGGUGGCUCUGGUCCAGCUGGGGCCAGAGUGGUACGGCAUGCUGUAUUCCCAAGCAGACAGCAAGAAGAAAUCCAACCUUAUGAUGUCUCUGUUUGAGCCUGGUCCAGACCCUCUGCCUUGGCUGGGCAAGAUCACACAUUUGGGACCGAUAUCAGAGGCUGCUGAAAAUCCUUAUGGAGAGGAUGACAGUAAAAGUCCUUUCCCUUUGCAGCCCCCAGUCAAACGAAGCUAUGCCCAGAAUGUCACUGUGUGGAUUAAGGCCAGUGGACUGCAGACCGAUGUGCAGAAGAUCCUGAGGAAUGCAAGGAAAUUGCCCGAUAAAACUCAAACCUUCUACAAGGAGCUGAACCGUCUUCGGAAGGCUGCGUUGGCUUUCGGUUUCUGGGAGCUCCUGAAGGGAAUGGCCGAUCUGCUAGAGAGAGAGUGCACCCUGCUGCCAGACUCGGCCCAUCCGGAUGCUGCUUUCCAGCUCUCCCACGCUGCACAGCAACUCAAACUGGCCAGCACUGGUGACUCCCAGUAUGCUGCUUUUGAUCACAACAUUGCUCCCAUGCACACUGACUUCUCCAGCUGAGCCACGUCUGAAUUAGUAAAACUGGACUCAAAUGUAGCAGCCUAACGUUGACACAGCACCUGUGUGUGUGCUUAAUGUUGUCAGAAAAAAGGUUUUGGCUUCAAGAACCUAAAUCAGUCAGAUUAAUAACUUACACUCCUUUGACACUGCCUAAACAUGGCAGGAGGUGUUUAAUGAGGUGUUUGUAAAAUGUGUUUGUAAAAUGUUAGCGUGUGUGUAUAUAUAUCUUUUUUUUUUUUUUUUUUUUUUACAUGUUCCUUUGUAGGACUUUUUUCAGAAAUUGAGCAGAUUUAAAUUUUUAUUCAGUGUCCAAUAACAUUUACAGGAAACAUGAUCAUGUGACUGUCAAAAUAAUGAAAUAGCUGAGCGAAGAAUACAAACUCUACGUACCAGGUUAUUAUAGAGCAGAAAGGACACAUAAUGCUAUCCAUAUUUUAGCAGUCACCAGUGUAAGUUUCCCUGAGGUUUGUGGGACGGUUCAGAAAUCUGGAAUGAUAAUACAGUAUUUUGAGAACGUU